CACACCAACCAGCCUGCGCACUUCCUGGUCAUGGCAGUGUUCGCGCGGCUCCCCCGGACUCGACCCGCCCGCAGGUUUGAGCAGCUUGUCGCGUCUUGUCGCAGACUCUUCGUCGCGGAGCUUCGCCGCAACAUGGCCUCGGACCCGGCGGCAGCGGCGACGGAGACGACCCGCUUCGACUUCCUGGUGGUCGGCGGCGGCUCCGGGGGUCUGGCCGGCGCUCGGAGGGCGUCGGAGCUCGGCGCGACCACCGCCGUCAUCGAGAGUCACAGAUUAGGAGGUACCUGCGUAAAUGUUGGCUGUGUUCCUAAGAAGGUUAUGUGGAAUGCAGCAGUUCAUGCCGAGUAUCUACACGAUCACAGCGAUUACGGCUUUGACGUUGGAAAUGUUCGUUUCAGUUGGGAAACUCUAAAGACCAAGAGGGAUGCUUAUGUUAGUCACCUAAAUCGCAUAUAUCGCAACAAUCUUGACAAGGCUAAAAUCCAAACUAUUCAAGGUCACGCCCGGUUCACGGACGACCCUGAGCCGACUGUGGAGGUCAGUGGAAGAAAGUACACGGCGCCACACAUCCUUAUUGCCACUGGAGGGCAGCCUUCUGUUCUGACUGAAGCUGAAGUUCCAGGGGCAAGUUUUGGCAUUACCAGCGAUGGCUUUUUUGAACUUGAAACUCUGCCAAAGCGCAGUGUGGUGGUGGGUGCUGGUUAUAUUGCAGUGGAGAUGGCAGGCAUCCUUUCUACCCUGGGCUCCAAAACAUCCCUCAUCAUCCGACAAAGCGGAGUUCUGAGGAACUUUGACAGCUUCAUAAGCACAAACUGCACCAAAGAACUGCAAAACUCCGGUAUAGAUUUGUGGAAGAACUCGCAGGUGAAGUCUGUGAGUAAAACGGACCGGGGUCUGGAGGUGACGCUCGUCACCAAAGACCCGGAGAAGAAGAAUGACGAGGAGAAGACCAGCACCAUUCAGGAGGUGGACUGUCUCCUCUGGGCUAUUGGCAGGCAGCCGAACAUCUCUGGACUGAACAUCAGUGCGAUGGGUGUGGAUAUGGACGAAAGAGGCCAUAUCAUCGUGGAUGAGUUUCAGAACACCAGUCGACCGGGGAUCUACGCUGUAGGAGAUGUUUGUGGCAAAGCUCUUCUCACACCUGUUGCCAUUGCUGCAGGCAGAAAGCUGGCACACAGACUGUUUGAGGGCAAGAAGGACUCCAAGUUGGACUACUCCAGUAUUCCCACAGUGGUGUUCAGCCACCCACCCAUCGGUACGAUGGGCCUCACGGAAGACGAGGCCAUUAAAUCUUGGGGAAAGGAGAAUGUGAAGAUUUACAAGACUUCUUUCACUCCGAUGUAUCACGCUCUCACUAGCAGGAAGAGUCAGUGCAUCAUGAAGCUGGUGUGUGUGGGCAAGGAGGAGAAGGUGGUGGGCCUGCACAUGCAGGGCCUGGGCUGUGAUGAGAUGCUGCAGGGCUUUUCUGUAGCCAUCAAAAUGGGUGCUACCAAAGCAGACUUUGACAAGACUAUUGCCAUUCACCCCACCUCAUCUGAGGAAUUUGUCACGAUGCGUUAAUGCAAACACAAACUCCCCCGCCCUUGCUUCCACAGACAAGCGUACCAGGACAGAGUCACCACUCUUCACGACUCUCGCAUCAGCUUGACGACUUGCUUCUCUAAAACUACCCACAAUCUUCCAUUUUCUCUCAUUUGAGUGACCUUAUUUGUUAGCAGCGUUUCAUUUUCUUUUCUGAUUUUCACCUAAAUGGACCAAGUUCGAGUGAUGGCCACUUAAAACUGUACUGGAUUCCAUUUGAAUGAUUGUGAAAUGGAUCUGCAGGUAUCGAUGUCAAGUGAUUGCAUGGGAAGUCAAGAGACCUCUCUCCUAGUGUGUCUGAUGUGUGUUGUGUUUCAUUUGUCAGUCAUUUGUCAGAAUAAUUUCACGAACACUGCUGCUUCUCAAGGCACCUAUUUACUACCAAUGCUAGGUCAGAACAUAUCUACUGUACUGUUUCAAAGAUUCAAUAAACCUACAGGUUUUUUCUUA